AUUUGGAGUUAAGAAGAUGUGGAAGCGCGUCAAUCUCUAUAAAAAUGGCGCGUUCCAAGGUGUGAAGUGGGAGAGAUGGUACAAAUCUACUGAUUAAUUUUAUAUGUAUUGAAAGUGUAUACACUAAUAGGUAUAAAUGCGUAUCAUCUAUUUUAAUUUUAAUUAUUAUACAUAUAACAUGCAUUUAUGCCUGUUAGUAACAAAUAAAAGAAGCCAACUCCUUAUCUUAGCAUAAGCAUUAGUAGGAAUGAACUUGAACUUAAUUUUUUCAAUUUGGCACCCAAUUUGAUAAUUUUCAUGUUAUGCCAAUAAUUCAUAAAGGUGGUGUAGAUGUCCAUCUGGCUUCUAUAUAUUAUUGUUUGUUGAAUAAGAAUUGUACACUUUUUAAGAGGUUGAGGCCAACAUUUCUUUACCACUUAGUAUCCUCACUCAAUGGAGCAACCAAUUUCCAAGCCUAAGUGGGAAGCCAAGGUGUCAACAAAACUAGCAAAUGCAAGUGCAGACCAAAUAUGGCCAUUUCUUGAAGAUUUCUUUGGCAUACACAAAUAUUUCCCCAGCCUCGCCGCUUCUUACGGCAUCCAUGGAAGCAAUGGAGAGAUUGGAUCGAUUCGAUACUGCGAAGGGUCAUCAAUCCCGUCCCAAGAAACCAAAGAUAACAAAGAGAGAUCAACAGUCAUCAGCUGGUCCAAAGAGAAGUUAACAGCCAUUGACCCUGCUGAAAAGUCCUUGAGCUAUGAGAUUAUUGAUAGCAAUACUGGGUUCCAUUCUUACGUUUCGACCAUUCAGAUCAACAAGAAUCCGAUUCCAGCAGGGGAUAGCACUAUUGUUGGAUCUGGUGAUGAAGAUGGUGGUCGACUAGGAUGUGUUAUUGAGUGGUCAUUUUCAGUUGAUGCUGUUGGAGGCUGGAGAUUAGAAGACUUGGUUAAAAAAUAUGAAGUGGGGCUGCACCGGAUGGCUCAGAAAAUGGAGGAUAUCCUAAACAAUUCUGGGGAAGAAAUUAACAUGGCAGCACAAGAACAAGUGAAAUGGGAAGGCAAAGCUACGGCAAAGCUAAAUGGGAUUGGAGCAGAACAGGUAUGGCCUUUACUGGAGGACUUUUGCAGCUUGGACAAAUGGCUCCCUGCCAUUGAUACCUGUUACCGAGUUGAAGGGAUCAAUGGGCAGCCUGGAAUUGUUCGCUACUGUGCCUGCAAACCCCCUUCCUCGACUUCCUCACCGUCGGACGAUUUUGAUGAUGAUGAUGAAGAAAACAAGAAUCCUGGCAUGACCAAGUGGUGCCAUGAGAAGUUGUUAGCCAUUGAUCCAGUGGUGCGUUGUCUGAGCUAUGAAGUUCUGGACAAUAAUCUGGGAUUCAAAUCUUACGUAGCAACCAUCAAAUUGUUGCCAGCAAAGGGUGAUGAUGACAAAUUCGGGUGUCAGAUCGAAUGGUCUUUCUUGGCUGAUCCUGUGGAGGGGAUGACUUGUGAUGUUUUAUCAUCUUACCUUAACUUGUCCUUGCAAGGCAUGGUGGAGAAUAUGGAGAGAGCUUUGCACUCAAAUUAGUCGUCAGAUGAUAUAUAUAUAUAUAUAUAUAUAUUGAUCCAUAUUUCAAUUGUAUUUUUCGACAAUCUACUAGUACAUGUUUUGCUUUGUUAAUUUCCUAGGACUCGUCGAUAAUCAAGUUUAACAGAGCUAAUUAUGUUGUUGUUAGUUGUACUGUGAGAAUCAUGUGGUGUUGAAAUUGUAAGCCCAGGGCUAAAUUAAGCACAUCUCUUGCAGUUUGGUAGUCCAACCAUAACACAUGAUAUAUGCAACAUUGUUUGGAUUGCUUGUUUCCGUCCGAAAA